GGGCCGCACUCCCACAAUGCACCUUGUAUCAACACGGUGUUGCUGGCGGCUCUGAGGAGGGGCCGGGGGCGCCCAGCGGACCCGCGCGCAGCCCGAGGCAUAUCAGGCGGGGCCCGGGUGUUGAGGGGCGACUGGCAGCCAUGGCGGAGUCGGCGCCUGCUCGGGCUCCUGAGAGGGACAAGCAAGCAGGGGGCGAAAGACCUUCGACGCCUUCCCCAUCCCCGCAGCCGACUGCCGAGAAGAACUCAUACCUCUACUCCACGGAGAUCACGCUGUGGACGGUGGUGGCCGCCAUCCAGGCCUUGGAGAAAAAGGUGGAUUCCUGCCUGGCCCGUUUGCUGACUUUGGAGGGGCGGACGGGGACAACCGAGAAGAAGCUGGCCGACUGCGAGAAGACGGCCGUGGAGUUCGGGAACCAGCUGGAGGGCAAGUGGGCCGUGCUGGGCACCCUGCUGCAGGAGUACGGGCUGCUGCAAAGGCGGCUGGAGAACAUGGAGAACCUGCUGCGGAACAGGAACUUCUGGAUCCUGCGGCUGCCCCCGGGCAGCAAGGGGGAGGCCCCCAAGGUGCCAGUGACCUUUGAUGAUGUGGCCGUGUAUUUCUCUGAGCCGGAGUGGGGGAAGCUGGAUGAGUGGCAGAAGGAGCUGUACAAGCAUGUGAUGCGGGGCAACUACGAGAUGCUGGUCUCCCUGGAUUAUGCCAUCUCCAAACCAGACAUCCUCACCCGGAUGGAGAGGGGAGAGGAGCCUUGUCCUGAAGGCCCAUGGGGCCAGGAGGAGGGAAAUGAGAGAGAGGAAGCACGUCCGAGGAGGCCAGGUGCUGGUCUUCCUCCUCAUCCAGAGCACAUCGCCAUCCCCGUCAGCCCUGCCCAGGAGGAACCAAAAGAUGGUCAGGUCUGCAAGCAGCAGCAAGACCUGGAAACAAGAGUAGCCCCUCCUGGAACAAGCACCGGGCCCCCAGCCAGCACCAGCAUUCUGUCUUCGGUUAAACAGGAGGAAGAAUCUUCAGGUGGGGAGUCACCAACCUCCCCGCCCAGGGACACCCUGCCCAGCAUGGGACCAGCGGAAGAGCCUGCUGCUGCACCAGCGCCAGCACACGGGCAACAGCCAGGGCUGGCCCGCCUGCCCCUACUGCGGCAAAGCCUUCCGCCGGCCCUCGGACCUCUUCCGGCACCAGCGCAUCCACACCGGCGAGCGGCCCUACCAGUGCCCUCAGUGCGGCCGGGCCUUCAACCGGAACCACCACCUGGCUGUCCACAUGCAGACUCACGCCCGAGGCCAUGUGGGCCCGCACUUUCCUGCUCUCUCCGCCCGACCCGGGAGCCCACCCCUGCCCCGGCCCAGCCGCUCCGAGGAGGGCUGACCAGGCCGGGGCCAGCGGGGGCCACCCUCCAGCUCUCCUGGGGCACCGGGUCAGGGCCUCCUCUACACCUGCAGGGCUUUCCACUUGUGCCUGAUGCUGGUUCCUCAUUCUGGGAUGGCUUUAGAGAGAUUUUUUUUUUUCCAUUCAAAUGGGAAGCAGUGGCCUUUUUGGUGACAAGUGUGUGUGUAUGUGACCAGAUGCCUCAAUUUCCUGUUUCCUAAGCUUGUCACUCUUUGCUGCCUUUUCUACAUUCCUGACUUAUAAAGGAUCCAUUAAAGCUUAGAGGAUGCCAAGCUUUGGUGGGGGCCUUUGUCAGGCACCACAGACAGGCAAGAGGACCAGAGGCUGUGGCCUUUCCAGUAGAGGGUGAGAGAGACAUCCAGGGUCUGGGGCUUGAUUUUGUAGACGGAGGUCUUCGCUUCUGUCAACAUGAGAAAUAAGAGUGGACAGACAGCCUGCAGAAUAGGUACUGGAAAUCUGAAACUGUUAUUUUGAAACUUUUUUUUCUUUUAAUGGAGCUUUUCUAAAUGCUUUUGUAAGUAUUGUGUGUGGUUGCAAAGGGGACCAAGAACUGUGGGGGGCGGGAGGGUAUUAUCCUGCCACCUCCUUGUGUGUGGGGAUGGCAGAGCGGCUGUCCAGACCAGCCUGGUGUUGAUGGGGAUGCCUUGGCUGCCGCCCUGGAAACCAGGUGUCUUCCCAGGCAUAUUCCUUGGCCCAGAGUGAUUCCCAAUAUUUCUAGUCAUUCCCCCGGUGGGAAUUCACAUCCAUAAUUGACUGGAUAUCAGCUGAAGUGGCAGGGGGACUGAAGCCUGGAGUGGGUGACAUUUCCCACAAGGUCGCAGUGUUCCUGGGUGUGCAUGCUCCAUGGACUGGACCCCAUCUGACACCUGGAGGGCAGAGGGGAUCAGAAGCACAGCAGGCCCAGGACAUUCCUCCCUAAGAGGAAGGUCCUGGUGUAGGGGAAGCUGGUCAGCCAACCUGGACUGUGGGGUUGCCAGGCCAGAUUUGUCACAUUAAAGGAGGGGGCUGUCUUCAAGAACUUGGGGCUCAUGGCAGAGUUAGGCCAGGAGAUCUAGGUGAAUCUUUUAACCACCUCCAGCCUCACACUCCUUGUCUUUCAGAGGUGGUAAUGAUCCCAGUGCUUUCUACCUCACCUUAGCUUUGUUAGGGUCAUGCUAGAUUUAGAGGCAAUGGACAAACAGGAAGCCUGGUUUUGUCCUUCCUUCCAAGUUCAGUGCCCCCUUUCUCUUCCAUGUUGAUCUCCAGCCCCUUUCCCAGUCAGAACCACUCGGGAAGGACUUUUAUUUUCUGGAGGAGUGGAAGGUCCCGGGGGUGCAGAGAGAGGUAAGACUUUCCCUUUGGGCCGGAUCCCCCAGGAGCCCUUUGUACCUCAGUGGAAAAGAUUCUUACCAAAGCAGUGAGGCUUGAACUGUGGACCUUCGGGCAAUAGCAUCAGGUCUCACGGAGAGUCCUGAGGGCAGCUAGCUUCUUGUGCCUCUUAAGUCAUUCCACUUUGGGUGCUACCUACAGACCAGCCCUUGGUUUGGGUGAUUUUGAUGCUGGAGUGGUGGGUCCUCAGCUAUUCUGAUUGUUGUCGUAUUUGCCUGGCACCAUGUGAAGUGGCAGCAUUCAGGCCUGCUUCCAGUUGCCUGGGUUCCUGGUUGUGCCACUUCCCCCUGCCCCCUCUGAUCCUCAUACCUCUCCUCAAGUCAUGAACAGAGUUAGGGCAGAUGGAAACAUUGCCAUCAUCUCGGGGGUGAGAAUGAGUGUAUACACGUCAGUGACAGCUCAGCCAAGCUCCCUUGGGCAUGGGAGCAGUGCCACCCUUCCCUUCUGUGGAUUCUGCUUGUCUGCUCUGCCAUCCCCAACCCUUCCAGGGGCCCCACAAGCCAGGGCUGAGCUGUCAGCAGGAGCUCAGACAGGAUGUGGUGCUAGUGUCACUGCUGAGAGCUUAACCCUCAGCUGCAAGUGCUAGUUUCAGGUGUUUCCUUGGGGAUGCCUCAGGGCUGAGUUUCUAGGCCUUUCUAAUGCUAAACGCCCUGUGUAAAUACCGGUAACAGAAGGAGCAAUCGCUGUGCACUGGCGUUUCUUUUCUUCAAAAGCAUUCAAUGUGCCAGGUUCCUGGCUGGGCUUUGUGGGUUUCCCUGGCACUCAAUAGGUGUUCAAAGAACGUUCUUUAACCUAAAAUGAGUCAGAGGAGGCUACGUGGUGCAAGAACAGAGCAGUGCUCCCGAACCUGGGAGGCUGGAGCCUGGUUUGGCCCCAGCUUUGGGUCUCGGCUUCCUCAUUUGUAAAACAAUGUUGGGGUUCUGGUGUUAAAAGGCCCUUACGAAUUGUGACGGUGGAGGAUCCUUGGCCCCAUCAAUGCUCAAUAAAAAUAUGCUGGACUCAGUGCGUA